AUGGUGCAAGGUUCUUUCAAGCGUCAAGUCGAGGUUGGCCGUGUCGUCCUCAUCAACUACGGUACCGACAGCGGCAAGCUCGCCGUCAUUGUUGACAUCGUCGACCACAACCGUGCUCUCAUCGAUGGCCCCACCACCGGUGUCACCCGCAAGGCUUUCCCCUUCCGCCGCAUGACUUUGACCCGUUUCGUUGUCAAGGAUCUUCCCCGUGGUGCCGGUCAGACCGUUCUCAAGAAGUACUUGGAGAAGAACCAGACCGUUGCUAACUGGGAGAAGUCCGCAUGGGCCCAGAAGCUCGCUGUCCGCAAGGUCCGUGCUGGUCUCACCGACUUUGACCGUUUCAAGGUCCAGAAGUUCAAGAGCCAGCGUCGUUAUGCCGUUGCUGGUGCUGUCGCCAAGGCCAAGAAGGCUUAA